AUGAUCAGAGAUCCAUCUAAUCCAGAGGAAUCCUCCUCCCCCCAUGAAGGAGAUCACAGAGGUGAGGAGCCAUUCUCAUGUUCAGUGUGCGGGAAAUCUUUCACUGAAAACAAAACCCUUCUCAGACACCAGAAAAUUCACACAGGUAAACGUGCUUAUCCAUGUUCAGAGUGCGGGAAAUCAUUUUUUAAUAACGGAGACCUUGUUGACCACCAGAGAAUUCACACAGCUGUGCGUCCUUAUUCAUGUUCAGAGUGCGGGAAAUCUUUCACUAAAAACAGAAAGCUUAUUAAACACCAGAGAAUUCACACAAGUGAACGUCCUUAUCCAUGUUCAGUGUGCGGGAAAUCUUUCAUUAAAAACACAAGCCUUCUUAGACACCAGAAAAUUCACACAGGUGAACGUCCUCAUGCAUGUUCAGAGUGCGGGAAAUCAUUUCUUACUAAAGGAAUCCUUGUUAUACAUCAGAGAAUACACACGGGUGAGCGUCCUUAUUCAUGUUCAGAGUGUAAAAAAUGUUUCCCUGAAAAAGGAACCCUUCUUAGUCACCAGAGAAUUCACACAGGUGAACGUCCUUAUUCAUGUUCAGAGUGCGGGAAAUCAUUCAUUCAUAAAGGAGAACUUGUUAAACACCGGAGAAGUCACACGGGUGAGCGUCCUUAUUCAUGUUCAGAGUGUAAAAAAUGUUUCUCUGAAAAAGGAGACCUUGUUAGACACCAGAGAAUUCACACAGGUGAACGUCCCUUUCCAUGUUCAGAGUGCGGGAAAUCUUUCACAGUGAAAGGAUCCCUUGUUAAGCACCAAAGAAUUCACACUGGUGAGCGUCCUUAUUCAUGUUUAGAGUGCUGGAAAUCUUUCACAGUGAAAGGAGACCUUGUGAAGCACCAAAGAAUUCACACUGGUGAGCGUCCUUAUUCAUGUUCAGAGUGCUGGAAAUCUUUCACAGUGAAAGGAUCCCUUGUUAAGCACCAAAGAAUUCACACUGGUGAGCGCCCUUAUUCAUGUUCAGAGUGCGGGAAAUCUUUCAUUCAUAAAAAAAACUUGGGUGUACACAAGAGAAUUCACACGGGUGAACGUCCUUAUUCAUGUUCAGAAUGCGGGAAAUCUUUCACUCAGAAAGGACACCUUGUUAUGCACCAGAGAAUUCACACGGGUGAACGUCCUUAUUCAUGUUCAGAGUGCGGGAAAUCCUUCCCUGAGAAAUAUAAUCUUCUUAAACACCAGAGAAAUCACAGAGGUGAGGAUCCAUUCUCAUGUUCAGUAUGUGGGAAAUCUUUCACUGGGAAACAUAUCCUUCUUAGACACCAGAGACUUCACACAGGUGAACGUCCUCAUACAUGUUCAGAGUGCGGGAAAUCAUUCACUAAGAAAGGAGUCCUUGUUAAUCACCAGAGAAUUCACACAGGUGAGCGUCCUCAUUCAUGUUCAGAGUGCGGGAAAUCUUUCACUCAUAAAGGAUCCCUUGUUAUACACCAGAGAAUUCACACAGGUGAGCGUCCUUAUUCAUGUUCAGAGUGCGGGAAAUCUUUCAUUCAUAAAGGAGCCCUUGUUAUACACCAGAGGACUCAUACAGGGGAACGUCCUUAUUCAUGUUCAGAGUGCGGGAAAUAUUACUUUGGGAAACAUAAACUUCUCAUACACCAGAGAAAUCACACAAGUGAACGUCCUUAUUUAUGUCCAGAGUGCGGGAAAUCUUUCACUCAUAAAGGAGCCCUUCUUCAGCACCAAAAAAUUCACACAGGUGAGCGCCCUUAUACGUGUUCAGAGUGCGGGAAAUCUUUCACUGAGAAAGGAUCCCUUGUUAGGCACCAGAGAAAUCACACAAUUCACAUGGGUGAGCGUCCUUAUUCAUGUUCAGAGUGCGGGAAAACUUUCACUCGGAAAGGAGACCUUGUUAAACACCAGAGAAUUCACACUGGUGAGUGUCCUUAUUCAUGUUCUGAGUGCGGGAAAACUUUCACUCAUAGUUCAACCCUUAGUAAACAUAAGAAAAUUCACACGGGUGAGCGUCCUUAUUCAUGUUCGGAGUGCGGGAAAUCCUUCCCUGAUAAAUAUAUCCUUCUUAGACACCAGAAAACUCACACAGGUGAACGUCCUUAUUCAUGUACAGAGUGCGGGAAAUCAUUCACUCAGAAAGGCGACCUUGUUAAACACCAGAUGACUCAUACAGGGGAACGUCCUUAUUCAUGUUUAGAGUGUGGAAAAAAUUACUUUGGGAAACAUAAACUUCUUAUACACCAGAGAAAUCACACAGGUGAGCGCCCUUAUUUAUGUCCAGAGUGCGGAAAAUCAUUCACUCAUAAAGGAGCCCUUCUUCAGCACCAAAAAAUUCACACAGGUGAGCGCCCUUAUACAUGUUCAGAGUGCGGGCAAUCUUUCACUGAGAAAGGAACCCUUGUUAGGCACCAGAGGACUCACACAUCUGAGCGUCCUUAUUCAUGUACAGUGUGCGGGAAAACAUUCACGCUGAAAGCAACCCUUGUUGAACACCAGAAAAUUCACACAGGUGAGCGUCCCUAUUCAUGUCCAGAGUGCGGGAAAUAUUUCACUCAGAGAGCAACCCUUGUUAAACACCAGAAAAUUCACACGGGUGAACGUCCUCAUUCAUGUUCAGAGUGCGGGAAAUAUUUCAUUGAUAAACAUAAACUUCUUAUACACCAGAGAAGUCACACAGGUGAGCGCCCUUAUUUAUGUCCAGAGUGUGGGAAAUGUUUCACUCAGAGAGGAGCCCUACUUCAGCACCAUAAAAUUCACACAGGUGAACGUCAUUUCUCAUGUUCAGAGUGCGGGAAAUCUUUCACUCAGAAAGCAACCCUUAGUAAACAUAAGAAAAUUCACACGGGUGAGCGUCCUUAUUCAUGUUCGGAGUGCGGGAAAUCCUUCUUUGGGAAACAUAAACUUCUUAUACACCAGAGAAAUCACACAGGUGAGCGCCCUUAUUUAUGUCCAGAGUGCGGAAAAUCAUUCACUCAUAAAGGAGCCCUUCUUCAGCACCAAAAAAUUCACACAGGUGAGCGCCCUUAUACAUGUUCAGAGUGCGGGCAAUCUUUCACUGAGAAAGGAACCCUUGUUAGGCACCAGAGGACUCACACAUCUGAGCGUCCUUAUUCAUGUACAGUGUGCGGGAAAACAUUCACGCUGAAAGCAACCCUUGUUGAACACCAGAAAAUUCACACAGGUGAGCGUCCCUAUUCAUGUCCAGAGUGCGGGAAAUAUUUCACUCAGAGAGCAACCCUUGUUAAACACCAGAAAAUUCACACGGGUGAACGUCCUCAUUCAUGUUCAGAGUGCGGGAAAUAUUUCAUUGAUAAACAUAAACUUCUUAUACACCAGAGAAGUCACACAGGUGAGCGCCCUUAUUUAUGUCCAGAGUGUGGGAAAUGUUUCACUCAGAGAGGAGCCCUACUUCAGCACCAUAAAAUUCACACAGGUGAACGUCAUUUCUCAUGUUCAGAGUGCGGGAAAUCUUUCACUCAGAAAGCAACCCUUAGUAAACAUAAGAAAAUUCACACGGGUGAGCGUCCUUAUUCAUGUUCGGAGUGCGGGAAAUCCUUCCCUGAGAAAUAUAAACUUCUUAGACACCAGAAAAAUCACAGAGGUGAGGAUCCAUUCUCAUGUUCAGUGUGCGGGAAAACAUUCACUGAAAACAAAAACCUUCUUAGACACCAGAGGACUCAUACAGGGGAACGUCCUUAUUCAUGUUUAGAGUGUGGAAAAAAUUACUUUGGGAAACAUAAACUUCUCAUACACCAGAGAAAUCACACAGGUGAGCUUCCUUAUUUAUGUCCAGAGUGCGGGAAAUCUUUCACUCAUAAAGGAGCCCUUCUUCAGCACCAAAAAAUCCACACAGGUGAACGCCCUUAUACAUGUUCAGAGUGCGGGCAAUCUUUCACUGAGAAAGGAACCCUUGUUAGGCACCAGAGGACUCACACGUUUGUGCGUCCUUAUUCAUGUACAGAAUGCGGGAAGUCUUUUACUGGGAAAGGAACCCUUGUUAAACACCAGAAGGUUCACACAGGUGAACGUCCUUAUUCAUGUCCAGAGUGCUGGAAAUAUUUCGCUGAGAAAGGAACCCUUGUUAAACACCAGAGGACUCACACGGGUGAACGUCCUCAUUCAUGUUCAGAAUGCGGGAAAUAUUUCAUUGAUAAACAAAAACUUCUUAGACACCAGAGAAGUCACACAGGUGAGCGUCCUUAUUUAUGUCCACAUUGCGGGAAAUCUUUCAUUGAGAAAGGAACCCUUGUUAGGCACCAGAGGACUCACACAGGUGAGGAGCCAUUCUCAUGUUCAGUGUGCGGGAAAUCUUUCACUGAAAACAAAACCCUUCUUAGACACCAGAGAAUUCACAAAGGUGAGCGUAAUUAUUCAUGUUCAGAGUGCGGGAAAUCUUUUUUUAAAAAAGGACACCUUGUUGACCACCAGAGAAUUCACACAGGUGAACGUCCUUAUUCAUGUACAGAGUGCGGGAAAUCAUUUUUUCAUAAAGGACACCUUGUUAGUCACCAGAGAAUUCACACAGGUGAGCGUCCUUAUUCUUGUUCAGAGUGCGGGAAAUCUUUCAUUCAGAAAGGAGACCUUGUUAUACACCAGAAAAUUCACACAGGUGAGCGUCCUUAUUCAUGUUCAGAGUGCGGGAAAUAUUUCACUCACAAAGGAAACCUUGUUAUGCACCAGAAAAUUCACACAGGUGAACGUCCUUUUUCAUGUUCAGAGUGUGAAAAGUGUUUCUCUGUAAAAGGAAAACUUCUUUCACACCAGAGAAUUCACACAGGUGAACGUCCUUUUUCAUGUUCAGAGUGUGGGAAAUAUUUCACUCAAAACAAAAACCUUCUUAGACACCAGAAAAUUCACACGGGUGAACGUCCUCAUGCAUGUUCAGAGUGCGGGAAAUCAUUUUUUAAUAAAGGAGACCUUGUUAUACACCAGAGAAGUCACACGGGUGAGCGUCCUUAUUCAUGUUCUGAGUGCGGGAAAUCUUUCACUCAGAAAGGAAGCCUUGUUAUGCACCAGAGAAGUCACACGGGUGAGGAGCCAUUCUCAUGUUCAGUAUGUGGGAAAUCUUUCAAUGAAAACAAAACCCUUCUUAGACACCAGAAAAUUCACACAUGUGAACGUCCUUAUUCAUGUUCAGAGUGCGGGAAAUCUUUCACUCGGAAAGCAACCCUUGUUAAACACCAAAAAAUUCACACGGGUGAACGUCCCUUUUCAUGUUCAGAGUGCAGUAAAUCUUUCACUAGAAACGAAAUCCUUCUUAGACACCAGAGAAUUCACACGGGUGAACGUCCUCAUGCUUGUUCAGAGUGCGGGAAAUCAUGUUUUAAUAAAACACAACUUGUUAUACACCAGAGAAUUCACACUGGUGAGCGUCCUUAUUCAUGUUCAGAGUGCGGGAAAUCAUUCACUCGGAAAGGACACCUUGUUAGACACCAGAAAAUUCACACAGGUGAACGUCCCUAUUCAUGUUCAGAGUGCGGGAAAUCCUUCCCUGAGAAAGGAGCCCUUGUUAAACACCAGAGAAGUCACACAGGUGAACGUCCCUUUUCAUGUUCAGAGUGCGGGAAAUCUUUCACUAAGAAAGGAGACCUUGUAAUACACCAGAAAAUUCACACAGGUGAACGUCCUUAUUCAUGUUCAGAGUGCGGGAAAUCAUUCACUCGGAAAGGACACCUUGUUAUACACCAGAAAAUUCACACAGGUGAACGUCCCUUUUCAUGUUCAGAGUGCGGGAAAUCUUUCACUGAGAAAGGAGCCCUUGUUAAACACCAGAGAAUUCACACAGGUGAACGUCCCUUUUCAUGUUCAGAGUGCGGGAAAUCUUUCACUAAGAAAGGAGACCUUGUAAUACACCAGAAAAUUCACACAGGUGAACGUCCUUAUUCAUGUUCAGAGUGCGGGAAAUCAUUCACUCGGAAAGGAGACCUUGUUAUACACCAGAGAAUUCACACAGGUGAACGUCCCUUUUCAUGUUCAGAGUGCGGGAAAUCUUUCACUGAGAAAGGAGCCCUUGUUAUACACAAGAGAGUUCACACAGGUGAACGUCCCUUUUCAUGUUCAGAGUGCGGGAAAUCUUUCACUAAGAAAGGAGACCUUGUAAUACACCAGAAAAUUCACACUGGUGAGCGUCCUUAUUCAUGUUCAGAGUGCGGGAAAACUGUCACUCAUAGUUCAACCCUUCGUAAACAUAAGAGAAUUCACACGGGUGAGCGCCCUUACUCAUGUUCAGAGUUGUGCGGGAAAUCUUUCACUGAAAACAAAAAGCUUCUUAGACACCAGAGAAGACACACAGGUGAGCGUCCUCAUGCAUGUUCAGAGUGCGGGAAAUCUUUCACUGAGAAAGGAGCCCUUGUUAAACACCAGAGAAUUCACACUGGUGAACGUCCUUAUUCAUGUUCAGUGUGCGAGAAAUCUUUCAAAGAGAAGGAUCAUCUUGUUACACACCAGAAAACUCACACUGGUGAAUGUCCUUAUUCGUGUUCAGAGUGUGGAAAAUAUUUCACUGAGAAACAUAACCUUCUGAUACACCAAAGAAUUCACACUGGUGAGCGCCCAUAUUUAUGUUUAGAGUGCGGAAAAUCUUUCACUCGUAAAGGAACCCUUCUUCAGCACCAAAAUAUUCACACAGGUGAGCGUCCUUACCCAUGUUCAGAGUGCGGGAAAUCUUUCACUGAGAAAGCAACCCUUGUUAAGCACCAAAGGAUUCACACAGGCGAGCGUCCUUAUUCAUGUUCAGAGUGCGGAAAAUAUUUCUUUGAGAAACAUAAACUUCUUAUACACCAGAGAAAUCACACAGGUGAGCGUCCUCAUUCAUGUCUGGAGUGCAGGAAAUCUUUCACUCAUAAAGGAGCCCUUCUUCAGCACCAAAAAAUUCACACAGGUGAGCGCCCUUAUACAUGUUCAGAGUGCGGGCAAUCUUUCACUGAGAAAGGAACCCUUGUUAGGCACCAGAGGACUCACACCUUUGCGCGUCCUUAUUCAUGUUCAGAGUGCGGGAAAUCUUUUACUGUGAAAGGAUCCCUUGUUAAUCACCAGAAAAUUCACACAGGUGAGCGUCCUUAUUCAUGUCCAGAGUGCGGGAAAUAUUUUGCUCUGAAAGGAACCCUUAUUAAACACCAGAGGACUCACACGGGUGAACGUCCUCAUUCAUGUUCAGAAUGCGGGAAAUAUUUCAUUGAUAAACAAAAACUUCUUAGACACCAGAGAAGUCACACAGGUGAGCGCCCUUUUUUAUGUCCAGAGUGUGGGAAAGGUUUCACUCAUAAAGGAGCCCUUGUAAGGCACCAGAGGAUUCACACUGGUGAACGUCCUUACUCAUGUUCAGAGUGCUGGAAAUCCUUCACUGAUAAAAUAACCCUUAGUAAACAUAAGAAAAUUCACACGGGUGAACGUCCUUAUUCAUGUUCAGAGUGCGGGAAAUCUUUCACUGAGAAAUAUAAACUUCUUAGACACCAGAAAAUUCACACGGGCGAACGUCCUUACUCAUGCAUGGAGUGCGGGAAAACAUUCACUAAAAACAAAACCCUUCUUUCACACCAGAGGAUUCAUACGGGUGAGCGUCCUUAUUCAUGUACAGAGUGCGGAAAAUCAUUCACUCAGAAAGGCGACCUUGUUAAACACCAGAGGACUCAUACAGGGGAGCGUCCUUAUUCAUGUUUAGAGUGUGGAAAAAAUUACUUUGGGAAACAUAAACUUCUCAUACACCAGAGGACUCACACAGGUGAGCGUCCUUAUUUAUGUCCAGAGUGCGGGAAAUCUUUCACUCAUAAAGGAGCCCUUCUUCAGCACCAAAAAAUUCACACAGGUGAGCGCCCUUAUACAUGUUCAGAGUGCGGGCAAUCUUUCACUGAGAAAGGAACCCUUGUUAGGCACCAGAGGACUCACACGUUUGUGCGUCCUUAUUCAUGUACAGAGUGCGGAAAGUCUUUUACUGGGAAAGGAUCCCUUGUUAAACACCAGAAAGUUCACACAGGUGAACGUCCUUAUUCAUGUCCAGAGUGCGGGAAAUCUUUCGCUGAGAAAGGAACCCUUAUUAAACACCAGAGGACUCACACGUUUGUGCGUCCUUAUUCAUGUACAGAGUGCGGAAAGUCUUUUACUGGGAAAGGAUCCCUUGUUAAACACCAGAAAGUUCACACAGGUGAACGUCCUUAUUCAUGUCCAGAGUGCGGGAAAUCUUUCGCUGAGAAAGGAACCCUUGUUAGGCACCAGAGGACUCACACGUUGGAGCGUCCUUAUUCAUGUGCAGUGUGCCGAAAAUCUUUCACUCAGAAAGCAACUCUUAGUAAACAUAAGAAAAUUCACACGGGUGAGGAUCCAUUCUCAUGUUCAGUAUGUGGGAAAUCUUUCACUGGGAAACAUAUCCUUGUUAUACACCAGAGAAUUCACACAGGUGAGCAUCCUCAUACAUGUUCAGAGUGCGGGAAAUCAUUCACUAAGAAAGGAACCCUUGUUAAUCACCAGAGAAUUCACACAGGUGAGCGUCCUUAUUCAUGUUCAGAGUGCGAGCAAUCUUUCACUGAGAAAGGAUCCCUUGUUAUACACCAGAGAACUCACACAGGUGAGCGUCCUUAUUCAUGUUCAGAGUGCGGGAAAUCUUUCAUUCAGAAAGGAACCCUUGUUAUACACCAGAGAAUUCACACAGGUGAGCGUCCUUAUUCAUGUUCAGAGUGCGGGAAAUAUUACUUUGGGAAACAUACACUUCUUAUACACCAGAGAAAUCACACAGGUGAGCGUCCUUAUUCAUGUUCAGAGUGCGGGAAAUCUUUCAUUCAGAAAGGAACCCUUGUUAGACACCAGAGAAGUCACACGUUUGCGCGUCCUUAUUCAUGUACAGAGUGCGGGAAAUCAUUCACUGAGAAAGGAUCCCUUGUUAGACACCAGAGAAAUCACACAGGUAAGCUCCCUUAUUCAUGUUCAGAGUGCGGGAAAUCUUUCACUCAUAAAGGAACCCUUGUUAGACACCAGAGAAUUCACACAGGUGAGCGUCCUUAUUCAUGUUCAGAGUGCGGGAAAUCUUUCACUCAGAAAGGACACCUUGUUAAACAUAAGAAAAUUCACACGGGUGAACGUCCUUAUUCAUGUUCAGAGUGCGUGAAAUCCUUCCCUGAGAAAAAUAAACUUCUUAGACACCAGAAAAAUCACAGAGGUGAGGAUCUAUUCUCAUGUUCAGUAUGUGGGAAAUCUUUCACUGGGAAACAUAUCCUUCUUAGACACCAGAGAAUUCACACAGGUGAACGUCCUCAUUCAUGUUCAGAGUGCGGGAAAUCAUUCACUCAGAAAGGAGCCCUUGUUAAACACCAGAGGACUCACACAGGUGAGCGUCCUUAUUCAUGUUCAGAGUGCGAGCAAUCUUUCAUUCUGAAAGCAACCCUUGUUAAUCACCAGAGGACUCAUACAGGUGAACGUCCCUAUUCAUGUUCAGAGUGUGGAAAAAAUUACUUUGGGAAACAUAAACUUCUUAUACACCAGAGAAAUCACACAGGUGAGCGCCCUUAUUUAUGUCCAGAGUGCGGGAAAUCUUUCACUCAUAAAGGAGCCCUUCUUCAGCACCAAAAAAUUCACACAGGUGAGCGCCCUUAUACAUGUUCAGAGUGCGGGCAAUCUUUCACUGAGAAAGGAUCCCUUGUUAGGCACCAGAGGACUUACACGUUUGCGCGUCCAUAUUCAUGUACAGAGUGCGGGAAAACUUUCACUAAGAACGGAUCCCUUGUUAUACACCAGAAAGUUCACACGGGUGAGCGUUCAGAGUGUGGGAAAUAUUUCAUUGAUAAGCAAAAACUUCUUGGACACCAGAGAAGUCACACAGGUGAGCUCCCUUAUUUAUGUCCAGAGUGUGGGAAAUCUUUCAUUGAGAAAGGAGCCCUUGUUAAACACCAGAGAAUCCACACUGGUGAGCGUCCUUACUCAUGUUCAGAGUGCGGGAAAUCUUUCACUCAUAGUUCAACCCUUAGUAAACAUAAGAAAAUUCACACUGGUGAGCGUCCUUACUCAUGUUCGGAGUGCGGGAAAUCCUUUCGUGAGAAAUAUCGGCUUCUUAGACACCAGAAAAGUCACACUACGGAGCGUCCUCACUGCAUUCCGACUCGGGGAAAUGUCUAA